AUGAUAUCGUCAAGGAAAUAUAAAGGAUGUGGUUUUAGAGCUGCAUUGCUCAUUGUCAAUAUCUUCGCCUUCGCUCUCAUGUCUCUACACUACGUAUCUGGAGCUCAUGAUCAUCAACAAAAAGAGAAGGAACCGGUUCUGGGUUCAGAGCCUCCCGUGUGUGCGAGCAAGUGCCUGAACUGCAACCCUUGUCUUCCUUAUCUGUUUGACAUUUAUGGUUCUCGUGAUGAUGAUUAUAGUGAACCACCAUAUUAUCCCGUAAGAUGGGUCUGUAGAUGUAGCGACGGAGUAUUUGAACCGUAAGAAUGGUAUUUAUAUGUAUUUUUAUGUGUGUUUCUUCUCAUGGAUAUUCAUGUUUGAUGGUUUAUAUAUAUAAUAUAUCAGAGAAAAUAAAA